GUUAUUUUCUUCCACAAAGUUGGUGUAAAGUCACCAAUUACGCUGUCAAAUGUCAAAUCCAAUUCUUCCAUUUUGUUCAAAGAGCAACUCGUGAGUUUGCCGGCUGAUUUAUUACAUUUUGCAGUUAAUUACAGUAAACAAUGUCUGCGGCGCAAUUAUUCAACAGGAUUGGACAGUUUGGCCUUGGAGUAGCUCUGGUAGGCGGCGUGGUCAAUUCGGCGUUAUACAAUGUCGAUGGUGGUCACCGUGCCGUGAUCUUCGACCGUUUCUCCGGCAUCAAGAAGCAAGUGAUUGGCGAAGGCACCCACUUCUUCAUCCCCUGGGUGCAACGCCCCAUCAUCUUCGACGUGCGGUCGCGCCCCCGCAACGUCCCGGUCAUCACCGGCAGCAAGGACUUGCAGAACGUCAACAUCACCCUCCGUAUCCUGUUCCGCCCCGUCCCCGACCAACUCCCGCGCAUUUACACCGUCCUGGGGCAGGACUACGAAGAGCGCGUCCUCCCUUCCAUCACCACCGAGGUGCUCAAGGCCGUGGUGGCGCAGUUCGACGCCGGGGAGCUCAUCACACAGCGUGACCUCGUCUCGCAGAAGGUCAGCGAGGACCUCACGGAGAGGGCGUCGCAGUUUGGGGUCAUCCUGGACGAUAUUUCCAUCACGCAUUUGACGUUUGGACGGGAGUUUACUCUUGCGGUGGAGCUGAAGCAGGUGGCGCAGCAGGAGGCGGAGAAGGCCAGGUUUUUGGUGGAGAAGGCGGAGCAGAAUAAGAAGGCGGCGGUGAUUUCGGCAGAAGGGGAUGCUCAGGCGGCUACGUUGCUGGCGAAGGCGUUUGGGGAUGCCGGAGAGGGGUUGGUGGAGUUGAGGAGGAUUGAGGCUGCGGAGGAUAUCGCGUAUCAAUUGUCGAGGUCGAGGCAAGUGUCGUAUUUGCCAGGGGGGCAAAAUCUGUUGCUCAAUGUGCCUACGCCCUCGAAUUAAGGGCUUAAAGGGGGAGAGAGUCGGGUGUUUUGUUUGACUCGGGACUAGGAGUGAACUAGGAUAUGUACCAAUUUUAUUUUACUUAUUUAAGGCCAUACUGUUACUGUUAAUAAAUUUUAUAAAAUA